UCAUGGCACCCACGCUAAGAUUAAAGCUUCUGGUAAACAAGAACACAGGCGAGGUGUUAUGUGGAGAAGCCAAGAAAGAUUUCGUAGAUUUUCUCUUUAGCCUCUUAGCAUUUCCAAUUGGGUCCGUUGCAAAGCUCCUCACAAAGGAAUACACGGUGGGAUGCACUUGAAGUCUCUACGACAGCCUUGAAAAUCUAGACGAUGAAUACAUGCAACCUAAAUUUGACAAAAAUAACCUCCUCAACCCCAAGACGUACAAUCCGAUUAGCGGUCCGGAUCCUCUCCUUUUGUUGCAAGGUGGUGCUUCCACCGCAUCUAAGUACUACACAUGCGGCUAUAACUACUCUCACCGCUUCGUCACAGAUGUUGAGGGCGUGGGGUGUCCAUCUUGCAUCAAUAAAAUGACCGCUGAGGUUGUCUAUAUUAAGCCUAAAGUGGUAGCGUCGGGAUCGGACGGUGGAGGUGUUUCCGUUAAGGGUGUAGUGACUUAUAUGGUGAUGGAUGAUUUGGCUGUGAAGCCCAUGUCUACCAUAUCAGGCAUUGCUUUACUUACCAAGUUCCAAGUUAAGGAUGUGAGUGCACUCGAGGAGAAGGUUGUGGAAGUUGGGUUGGAUGAGGCUUUGGCUCUCUUAAAGGCUUCCUUGGAGUCGAAGACAGCACUCAAUGACAUCUUUGGAGCAAAGUCGGAGAAAGUGCUUGUGGUGUAGAUAUAUUGCAACAUCAUCACCAAGCAUCUCCUACUGUAAAUUGGUGUUGUGUGGGAAUCUCAUGCACAUUUUCUACAUUGGGAUUUCCCGAUAACAUUAAUGGAUGGUAGGAGAUGUUAGUCAUAAAAUAUUAUGUUGUUUCUUUUUAUACCUUUCUAAGCAUAGUUGUUUGAAAA